AUGGCGAAGAACCUGGCGGACAGAAAGCUGGCUGCCGGGCUCGACGAGAACAACAUGGUGCAAAUCCACCUUCGCAACGGGGUCACGUACAGGGAGCUCUUGGCCGAGAUCUUUCUCGAGCUGAUCGCCGGCUCGGACUCGACGGCGACGGCGAUCCGCAUGACCAUGCUCUGCCUCCUCAACACGCCGGCGGCUCUAAACGCGCUCCGUCAAGAACUCGACACCGGCAUCUCCAAGGGCCUCAUCAGCUCUCCGAUCCGCGAUGCCGAGGCGCGCCGGCUCCCGUACCUGCAGGCCGUCAUCAAGGAAGGGCUCCGCAUGUACCCGCCGUCCACGGGCCUCAACUACAAGCAGGUGGCCAAGGGCGGCACGGAGCUCUGCGGGCAGUUCCUCCCAGAGGGAACGCAGCUGGGCGUCAACAUACACCAGCUGAUGCGGUCGAAGGCGACGUUCGGGCCGGACGCCGACGUCUUCAGGCCGGAGCGUUGGUUAGAGGCUGCCGACGCCGCCGCUGAUGAUGAUAAGGAUGGCGAGGCGCGCUCUCGUGAGAUGGCGGGUGUCGUUGACCUCGCCUUCGGCCACGGCCGGUUCCAGUGCCUCGGCAAGACCAUCGCGGCCAUGGAGCUGAACAAGAUCUUUGUCGAAUUGCUGCGCAGGUUCGACUUCGCGGUCGUGACACCACAAGAGCCGCUCAAGCUAUAUGACGCCGCGUUCUGGGUGACGACAGACUUUUGGCUGCGAGUGACCAAAAGGCCGUGA